AUGUCGGUGUUUGGUGAGGUCGCUUUAGCAGCCCCUGUAGCUGUAUUCAAGCUAUCACAGGAUUUCAACAACGACCAAUUUCCCAACAAGGUGAAUCUUGGAGUAGGAGCUUACCGGACCGACGAGGGAAAGCCAUGGGUUUUGCCGGUGGUGAAAAGGUUUGAAAAGGUUAUUGUGCACGAUGACAGUCUUAACCAUGAGUAUGCCCAUCUUGGGCUGCCUGAAUUCAGAUCCUCAGCCUCUAAGAUCGCACUGGGAGAAGACAGUCCUGCCAUCCAGGAGAACCAGGUUGGGGCUGUCCAGUGUCUGGGUGGUACAGGGGCUCUGAAGAUGGGUGCAGAAUUUCUCAGGCGUUUCUACAAUGGAAACAACAACACCAAAACACCCGUCUAUGUGUCCUCACCUACCUGGGAAAAUCACAAUGCUGUUUUUGAUGCUGGCUUUGAUGAUGUCCGUCCAUACAAGUACUGGGAUGCAGAAAAUAGGGGCCUUGAUUUGGCUGGUUUCCUUGGAGACCUGGAGAGUUGUCCAGCACACUCUAUCUGCCUGCAUGCCUGUGCGCACAACCCAACUGGCACAGACCCGACACAGGAGCAAUGGCAGCUGAUCGCAGAAGUUAUGAUGAGGAGGCAGCUGUUUGUGUUCUUCGACUCGGCUUAUCAGGGUUUCGCCUCAGGCAAUCUGGAUAAAGAUGCCUGGGCGGUCCGCUACUUUGUCUCCAUGGGCUUUGAAAUGUUCUGUGCUCAGUCUUUCUCCAAGAACUUUGGCCUCUACAAUGAGCGUGUGGGCAACCUGACCAUCGUUGAUCAUGAUGCAGACAACCUGAAGCGAGUGCUGUCCCAGAUGGAGAAGAUUGUGAGGACCACCUGGUCCAACCCACCCUCUCAGGGGGCUCGCAUUGUUGCCCUCACUCUUACCUCACCUGAGCUCUUCAGCGAAUGGAAGGACAAUGUGAAGACCAUGGCUGACAGGGUCCUGUUGAUGAGGGCUCAGCUGAAGCUAGCUCCAAGCUCUGGGGACAGCAGGGCACCUGGGACCACAUCACAGAGCAGAAUCGGCAUGUUCAGCUUCACAGGCCUCAACCCCAAACAAGUGGAGUACAUGGUGAAGGAGAGACACAUCUACCUGAUGGCCAGUGGGCGCAUCAACAUGUGUGGUUUGACCUCCAACAUAGACUACGUGGCAGAGUCCAUCCAUGAGACUGUCACCAAUGUCCAGUAAAAGACUACACUACCCACAGUUCUUAGUACUUCCUCCAUUCCGACCUCAAGUCACCUGAUUACAGGGAAAGUAUUACUGUCUAGCUGCUUUCUUAGGGCGAUCAUACAUUCUCAUUUGCACAAAUAUACAGACAGCCCUCACCUUCUAUCGUGUUUGUGCUAAGCUAUCUCAACACACAAUUGGGACUUAUUCCGUAAAUUAUUGUCCACUAGUUGUCUUUAUGUUGGUCUCCUACUUAUAAUAAGUCUAUCUUACUUUCAGUGUAUGCGUCACCACUCAGGACCUUUCGAGAAGGUUGGUACAUCUGUGACUGUGUGACAAUUAUCUAAGCAGUGCUGACUCAACUUCUUGUUUAAUGUCAUACUGCUAUGAUUCAUUCAUUCCAAGUGUUGAUAACGCAUUUCCAAUUUUAUUUAACCUGCCGUUAUUAGCCUGUGUGAUUACAGUUAAGAGCACCUACCAAACUGACUAAAUGUAGCUUCAAUUAGACAAACAAAUUAUAGUAAAUGUAUUUAUGUUUCUCUAUCACGACGUGAAGAGGUACGUUUUAAUGAUAGAUGCAACAUGAAACAAGAGAAGAGUGUUCUCAGGAAGAUAUCUUGAGCAAUGUCAUUUAUUAAUUAAACUGUACAUCGCCGAAAGGGGUUUAGUACUAAUUACCUCAAUUAUAAUCCGUAUUUUUGAAGUGUUUUAUUUGUAGUUUCUGCUCAGUUAGCACAAUGGCACUGAAUUAUCUGAACAGGUUUUGAGAGUCAUCCCUGGUUUGGGCUCACAGCUGAAGGUUGUGAGGCUUCUGGUUUUAAAUCAGGCACCUGCAGGUUUAAUGUUGAGUUUUGCACAGCGGACUGCCUGUUUGUAUCAAUAGUGCACUGUUAUGUAAUACCCUCAUGUCAGUGGCACAAACACACUAAUGUAUCAACCAGUUUGCUAUCGUAUCACUGUGCACAGUACAGCAAAUAAGCAGUCCUACUGUUUUAGCAAUUGAAGCAAAACAUCUCCUUACAUACUUUCCAAUGAGAUGAAUGUGUUAAUCUAAUAAAGAACUAUAAC